UUAACAUAAAAACUUAUUUUUGUUCUAAAAUAAGCCUAAUUCAAACAGAAAAUCCUGUGCAUCUAUUUCUCUUCUGUCUCUUGUUUGUUGUUGAAGCUUCACUUCAAUUCAAUUCAACCUCUGAAGCUUCACUUUCAGUUUUUCUAGAAUCUUCCAUUUCCGUUCUUACCUUAACUCUUUCUCCGAUCCUCUUCUUCAUCAAACACCACAACCUCUACUUUUCUUUUCAAGGAUCGCGUUCCAGAAUAUUCUUCCUCUCAUAGUUCGGAGCUAGCAGAAACUCACCUUAACAAUUUCCGUUGAAAAUUCGCUAAUCAAUUCGUGUUUCUAGGUCAUUUCAACUUUCUUUGAAUUGCGAAUUGGUCACAAUAAUGAAGAAAGUGAGGAGGAAGAUUGGGAAGUAUGAAGUUGGUAGAACAAUUGGUGAAGGCACAUUCGCUAAGGUCAAAUAUGCAAAACACUCCGAGACAGGGGAAAGUGUCGCGAUUAAAGUCAUGGCUAAAACUACCAUUCUCAAACACAGAAUGGUUGAACAGAUUAAAAGAGAGAUAUCCAUUAUGAAGAUCGUCAGGCACCCGAAUAUAGUCAGAUUGCACGAGGUUUUGGCCAGCCAGACCAAGAUCUACAUAAUUCUGGAGUUUGUAAUGGGAGGGGAAUUAUAUGAUAAAAUUGUUCAGCAGGUAAAGCUUUCUGAAAAUGAAUCUAGGCGCUACUUUCAACAACUUAUAGACGCUGUUGCUCAUUGUCAUAAAAAGGGCGUGUACCAUAGAGACUUGAAGCCUGAAAAUCUUCUUCUUGAUGCUUAUGGAAAUUUGAAGGUUUCUGACUUUGGAUUGAGUGCAUUGACUAAGCAGGGUGACGAGCUUCUUCACACCACGUGUGGGACCCCAAAUUAUGUUGCCCCCGAGGUGCUCAGCAAUCAAGGUUAUGAUGGUGCAGCAGCUGAUGUAUGGUCAUGUGGAAUUAUUCUAUAUGUUCUAAUGGCUGGAUAUCUUCCUUUUGAGGAGGCAGACCUUCCGACGUUGUUCAGAAGGAUCAGUGCUGGAGAAUUUGUUUGCCCAGUCUGGUUUUCUGCUGGCGCAAAGACAUUUAUACAUAAAAUUUUGGACCCUGACCCUAAAACACGGGUGAAAAUUGUAGAAAUAAGGAAAGAUCCAUGGUUUCGGAAAAACUAUUCUCCUAUCAAACUCAGGGAAGAUGAGCAAGUGAAUUUGGAUGACAUUAAGGCUGUUUUUGAUGAUAUUGAGGACCAAUAUGUUUCUGAACGGUCAGAAAUUGCCGAGGGAGGUCCUUUAAUAAUGAAUGCAUUUGAGAUGAUAACCUUAUCUCAAGGGUUGAAUCUUUCACCACUAUUUGACAGGCAUCAGGAUUAUGUAAAACGACAGACUCGUUUUGUUUCACGUAAACCAGCAACAGUUAUAAUUUCUUCUAUUGAAGCUGUUGCAGAAUCAAUGAGUCUUAAGGUCCACUCUCGCAAUUACAAGAUGAGGAUUGAAAGAGUUUCUUCAAAUAAAGUUGGGCAAUUUGCAGUGGUCUUGGAGGUGUUUGAAGUCGCACCAUCCCUUUUCAUGGUGGAUGUUCGAAAGGCAGCUGGGGAUACUUUGGAGUAUCACAAGUUUUACAAGAACCUCUGUUCGAAACUAGAGAGCAUUAUUUGGAGACCGGCAGAGACUAGCCCAGAUUCUGGUUUGCUUCGACAAAUGACAUUCUGAUUCAAUUCCUGAGUGUAUGUUGCAAAUCUAAAUAAAAGGCCAUUGAAAGCUGCAUCUUCUCCCCAGGUUAAUUGGAACUGGCAUGCUUUCUAGCUAUCAUCAAAAUGCAACGUGCACUUUAUGAAACAAUGUAUACGGGAAUGGGUGUCGCUGUCAAAUUAUAGCAUGGCUUGAUUACUUAGGUGAAGGAAAGGAAAUACGUGUGAUUGUAAUGCAUCCUAUAGCGAACCAAUUGUUUACAAAAUAAAUUGAAAUUUUGGUUCGGGUGGAUAUUGUAUAAAGUAUAGUUAGAAACAAUAAAUUGUACCAAUUUGGUGUUAAUAGAGUUAAGAAAAUAAUUUGGUGAGAUAAAUUGGACAUACUACUAUUGCUACAAA